GCACGUCCACCCACUGAUUCACAUCUCGCAGCGGAACACCAUUGAGAGGAACAGAACACAAUACAGCAUGUUCCUACUCCGAAUGAACCAUUUUAAUGUUUAGAAACCGUAUUUUGUGCGACUCUUUCACGUAGGUAAUUGAGAUGCGAUGCGUUCUUCAUUGAGGAGCAGCGGACUGGAGCGAGCGCGUUAUUAUUAAUCAGCUUUCAUAAGGCGCGCGAGCUGGACGCUUCUGUCAGACAGGUGUUUCGUUUGUGUUUCGACCACCUGCUCUGGUACCAUGAUGUUAGGGCAGUCUCCUCACCUUAUCGGGGGAAUCCUCUGGAUUCAAAACCCAAUGCGAGCUGUUCACUGCAAUCUGACCCAGAAUGGGGUUGACCAUCAGGUGUGUGCAGAGGAUAUGACCUCACACCUGGAGGAAGUAUCUGUUGAUCAUGGACUGGAUGAUGACAGCCCAGGCUUUCAGGACCAGAGUCCUGGUUUCCAGCGACGAUCUCCACCUCAGCGCUCCGUCUCAGAAUCUGAGCUCUCCAGGCCGGGAACUGUGAAGCUGUCCAAACCCGUGGCCCUGUGGAGCCAGCAGGACGUGUGUAAAUGGCUGAAGAAACACUGUCCCAAUCAACACCAAGUCUACAGUGACUCCUUCAAGCAGCACGACAUCACAGGUCGAGCUCUGAUGAGGCUCACUGACAGGAAGUUGGAGCGUAUGGGCAUCAUGCAGGAGAGUCAGAGACAGUACAUCCUACAGCAGGUCCUCCAGCUCCGCGUCAGAGAAGAGGUCCGCACUCUGCAGCUGCUCACGCAAGCCUCUCUGGAGAGUUCACCGUAACUUGAGCAUUCCAGGAGAUCCUCUGUUCCUUGUCCAUCUUCUCAGAUGUCCACAGCACACACCAGACUGCGGUCUUCCUUCAGUCCACUUCUCUCAAAACUCUCCUAAAGCAGAUCUAGACUCUCCCUCUGAUCAAAACAGUCCUAAAAAAGGAUCCAACUGAUCUUCAGUAGCUCUUUACAGCAUAUCAGUUCCAAACUCGAAGAAUCGCCUGGACUACUGAUGUUCCCUUUUGGACAAUGUGAAAGACUUGCUGCUGAAUUAUCUUGUUUGUUGUAUGUAAUCCUGAAGUGUAGCACUUUAACAUCUUUUUUCCUGCCCGUGUUCAGCACACAGCCUGUUAGCGAAUCUGACUAGCAUGAUGUUCUACAACACGCCCUGGACUUCCUGCAACAGUAUAGAAGAAUAAUAUCUGUCUGUCUGUCUGUCUGUCUGUCUAUCUAUCUAUCUAUCUAUCUAUCUAUCUAUCUAUCUAUCUAUCUAUCUAUCUAUCUAUCUAUCUAUCUAUCUAUCUAUCUAUCUGUCUGUCUGUCUGUCUGUCUGUCUGUCUGUCUGUCUGUCUGUCUGUCUAUCUAUAUCUAGGUAGGUAGAUAGAUAGCUAUCUGGCUAACUAGUUAUCUAUAUGGGUAGGUAUAUAGCUAAUUAGCUAUCUAUAGCUAACUUGUAUCUCUAUUUAGCUAGCUAGCUAGCUAAUUAGCUCUCUGUAUAGCUAACUUGUUUAUCUAGCUAGCUAUCUGUUAUUGAAAUAUACAUUUAUAGCUAGCUAUGUAGCUUAUUAGCUAUCUAGAUAGGAAAACAAGCUGUCUAGCUAGCUUUCUUCACCUAUAAACAUUCUAACAAAAUGGCAACAUGUGGACACCACCCUUUGCACGUCUAAAUAUUACUUGUCUUUUCCUCUCUCUUGUGUCUGCCGACUCUUAGUAUUAUGUAAACCGUCUGGUCGACUUGCUUGGUUAGUCGUCUUUUUGUCUUUGUAUGUCCCCGAGCUUGAAUUCCCUCGCCAUCCAUCAAAAGCAAGAUCCUGUUAUUACGUAUCCCGUAGACUGAACUGCACUGUGACUGUGACCAGGUCUCUUAAAAAGACAAGCCCACCCUUCCACAGGGAGCUGCGUUCCACCCCAAAUCCUUCUUUCAUUGCCGGACCAAAUGCAUUAUACUGUCAUCUCUUGAUCCGGAGCCAAUCUUGGGGUUCGACUCAUGGUGGAAUUCAAUUAGAAGGCAGGAUGAAGCAACUGAGCUCGGAGCUGUGAAACUGCAAAGAAUCAGAAAUGGGAGACGAUUCUUCUUUCUUUUUUGGUUAUGAAGGCAGGAGAAAGAAGGGGAAAAAUAGAUGACAUGUCUCUCUGAAGUCUCAUCCUGCCAUUGGGAGUGACAAGGCAAGGAAGGGAAUGUACUUUUAGGCAUGGAACAGCAUUAUUAAAAAGUGUAUAAACCAGACAGAGCGUUAUUUUUGAGAAAAGAGGAUGCAAGAUGCCUGUCACUAGGAGCCUUGAACUUUCCAUUCACUGUAUCUUUUUGAAUAGAGAUCCUCACAAAGGCAUCACUGUUAAUAUGACAUGGCCAUUCACUGUUACCUUUUUAACUUGGAAGCACAUGGAAGUACUGAAGCAAAUGAACUGUGUCUUUGUACCCUUUGAUCAUUGUCACCUUUGUAUCAAACCUCCAUUACUUACAAGAGCCUCAGGCAUCAACAAGGCUUCUCACCACGAAGAGACUUACCACAAUUGUAGCAUGACUCCGCAAUAUUGCACACCUUCCACAAAGGCGCCGACACGGUCGCCGAUAAAGGUCUAUGACAGCGCAGACCCGCCAUUGAUUAACCAGAGUGGCUCCGGUUGUUUUGAGGGCUACAGUAAUAGGUUACAUGCUGCCAAUUGUGGCAUCCGGCCAUGCCUAUGAUGGAAGGUUUGCCUUACAAGAUGCUUUAGAUUGCAAUGAGAUCCAAAAAUUGAGUGCUAUCGAUUAGACGUUGUCGAUUAGAUCUCAUAUUGGCUCUUGUCUGGCUCACAGGAUGGAGUCAAUACUGGGAAUCUGGGGAAAAGCAUGUUCCAAUUAAAAACUAGCUACCAUUUCAUGCCUUUGUGGGGCCUUGGAGUUUUUUUAUAGCUUAGAGAGGGCUCAACGCCAGAGGCUUUUGAUGACUGAGGGAACUUGUGAAGGGCUGAGAGGGUGAAAACUGAAAUGGUCAUUGGUUUUAUAGCUGCUAAACCUAGUAUAGAUCUCACUGUAUAGAGAAUUUGUGGUUCCUUAGAGAGACGUUUUUAAAAGGAAAUCACAUUUUGGCUCAAAAUGGGUUUGUCUUGGACAGUUUACAUGAGCCAUAGUAGGAAGUGACAAACAUUACGCAAGCAACUCUAAAUCAGCUCUAAAAGACACUGAACGAGAGUUUGUGUUCUUUUCAUGUGGAUUAGAUUAUUAGAUGGCAAGAUGUUCACCCACGAGGGGUUUGUUUUUGAUUUGAACUUUAUGAGACCAUCUCAUGGUACAUUAACCGCAGAGUUCAAGUCAAUUCAAAUUGUUCAGCAAAAGCUCAAUAGCAGCAUACUGUCGGUUCAGACUCUUAGUUCGCCUUAGGGCGUUUUUGUUAUUUUCUAAGAAAAGUGCAUAGGAAUUAUUUAAUUUUUUAAAGAUUAAAUUUUAUAGCAUAUACUACAGCUGUACAAUAUACUAAAAUUGUGUUUGAUAAUCACAUAAAAAAUACAUAGUAGUACUCAUAUAUUAAAAAUAUAUAUAACUUUCUUUGAUACACAUCAGGAUCAAAUAACAGUGAUUCAGUCAUUCUCACGAGACUGCCCACAAAGAAAAACAAAAAGGCAAACAUUAAUGGUCCUUUUUGAUCUUCAAGACAGUAGACCUUGAAAAAGCAAAUUCAUAAUAAUUAAGGCAUGAAUGUGCAAGGAUAAUAACCCAAUAAACAUUCACUCUCCGCUCUUUUAUUUGUGAGAUUUGCCUUAAGAUCCACAUAGACUCCAACACUUCUAUAAGGUAUAGAAUAUGGCUUCUGUUAGAUACACAUCUCUCUGCCAGUGUAGUUCUAUCUGACAUAAUGUAAAAACGUGUUAGAUUGGCAUUCUUACUCUAAAAAGUUGUACCUUUGACUGUGGAGCUGAAGUUUAGUGGAUUAUUAAUGCCCACACAUGUACUGAUGAUGUUCACGUUGGUUCUUUUAUCAGCUCUGAACUAGAUUGGAGAGCUGGAUGCCACACCUGCACACAAAUCAAGUGAACGUUAGCCUCAACUGCACAAAGUACUCAUGGAUAUACUGAGGUUAUUUUCUUGCAUACACUAUAUUGUUGAUAUAUUGAUGUAUUCAUGCACACACAUGUACCACCACACCGAUAUAAAUGCUUAAAGCUGUACACAUUAAUCUAAAUAACGUCCAUUAGAUUAUUUAAGCCCAUAGUACACUAUGAAAAACAAUUUUUGACACUAUGUGGGCAUGUUUUUACUAUUGUGGUCAUUAAUUUCUGAUGUUUUGAAUUCGCAAGGCAUGCAGACCAAACUCUCAGUCCUGUUUCUUUUCCUCUAUCUCUAUAUAGUGUGCCUACUCAUUAAUAUUCAUGAAUAUGUUAACAUUCUAAUAAACAUAUUAAUAUAACAA